UACCGCUCCAGCUUUACAAAAGUUGCUUGUGCCUGCCGGACUUAGAGAUCGUUCAAGCUGAUAUGCAGUACCAAGGUUCCGCCUCCGGUGCUCUCAUUGGUGUCCAUCUGCCAUCCCGUAAUAAGUGCAUUCUUGAGAAACUCCGUUGGCCAGUACAGCAUCGCAUCCGAUCCAAAUUAGGCUCAGAUGUUGGGAGGCGCGCCUCCAAUUCACGCUCGAAUUCCCGACACCGAUCAUACGGCCAGAACGUGAAUAGCCGCAACGCAACCUUCACUCGCGCCAACCACCCCAAAUGGCACAGUAUGUUCUUCAGGUGGAUCGGCCGCUUCCUGAUGACAAUGAAGUCACCGCUUCACACGAGCGUUCGCGUUGCAAAGCGAGCCAUCGACCUGUUGAGCAGCUCGAGCAGUGACAACCGGCCGGGGAUCCCCACACAGCCUCCAUCUUACAACCCACCUCCUCCCCGCGACAAUCACUCGGCGAAUAAGUUGAACAGGCGCAACAGCACCCUAGAGUCUGUCACCGAUUUCGGGACGGCGGGCUACCACUUCGACUUUCAUCGUCCUCCCAAUACCGGUCAGCCUGCGAAGGACAUCCAAGGUUGCCAAAACACCUCAAACAACCGCACUUUCUUCGGAAGUCCAAGCGGAUCUCGCUUCCACCGUCCACCUACAAUGCCUACCGCGGACAGUCAAGCUCACGCACAGCGACCGCCGCCGCCACCACUGUCGCUAGUGCGAUCGGACCACGUCCUUCGCCUGCAAAUCCUGACCACAAAGCUCACCUUCCUCAGCAUGGCGUACGGUGGCCUGAAACUUGAGUACGAGUGACUACCGGCUAGGAUCCGUGGUUCCGAGAAGCUCUCUCCAGCACUCCGCCAAACAAUUGUCCAGUCCUUCGACGGCGACUUCACGCCGCUAUUGUGCAGACUCCGCGGUUUGGCGGUUGAUGUGCAGAUGGCGGAGGUGAGGUUAGGGAUGGGCAAUCUAGAGACAUGUGAAGCGUAGUUGGGGGCUGUUGAGAAGAGGAUGGGGCAGAUGGAGGGGAUUGUAAUGGGUGUGCUGGUUGACAGUAUGAAGACGUUUGAAAGGUCCAUAAGUUAGCUUUGCGCAGGGCAUGGGGUGGUGACGCGGUAACAUUCAAAUAGUCUUGCAUGUAGUGGUCAAUGGCACUGGGCAGCACAAGUGAAUAGGUUUGGAAAGCGUUAACGAAGCAUUGGCAAGGCGUUUGUGGUGAACAUUGCGAAAUUUGUCUACGCGUUCGGGUGACGGGA